AUGUCUCAAGAAGAAGGGAAAAUCCCUGAAGGCACUUCUCCGCCACAGAAAGAGGCAGACGGGAAGAGUAGUGGCACUUAUGAGGGGGGCUGCCAUUGCGGGUAUAUCAAGUUCAGCGUCACCCUGACACCAGCGCUCCCCGAAACCAAGGUGCUUAACUGUAAUUGCUCCGCGUGUAGGCGAUUUGGCUAUCUUCUUGUUUACAAGGAUCAGAUGUUCUGCAAGCACUGCGGAGCCAGCAUCGGCAUCGAUUUCCGCGAGGUUCACGCACCGGAGCACAUUUACGGUAUCAGUGUUCGCACUUUCUUCGACAUUGACCUCGACUCCCUUACCUACCGCAAAUUGGAUGGGCGCAACAGGGUUCCGCCAGCGGGAGAUUUGUCUGGUCAGUAUUGGGACGAAGAGGCGCAUAAAUUGAAAUAA